AUGCCCGUGCUGCCGCCGCUCGCCGCGCCGCUGCUCCGGCCACAUCCGCGUCUUCCUCGGCCACCGCCCACCGCCUUCCCUUCCUGGAACUGCCAAACGAAGAGUAGGCUCUUGCAACCGGGGCUCUUCGCCACCGGCGCCGACGUCCCCGGCCGCGGAGGCCCGCUCCCGGAACCAGAGCAGCGCGCCCCGCUCCUCCUCGCCGCUCUCCGCGCCACUCGCCUCAGGGACGAAGAAUCACGCCGCCCAGAUCCCCUUUUUAUUGAUCCAUAUGCUGCUGUGCUACUUUCACUUGAUGUGGCACAUCAAGCUUCGGAAUCUCUCGUCUCUCAUUUAAUGCCAUCUGCAGAGCAUUAUAGGCUAACUACUAAAUAUCUUGAUGACAAAUUGCAACACUUGAUAAGUAGGUCAGACAAUUUUAGACAGAUUGUUUUGUUGACAGAUGGAAUGGACACUCGCCCAUAUAGGCUUAGCUGGCCAAGGAUGUCUAUCGUGUACGAUGUAUCACCUGGAAGAAUCUUCAGUACAGCAGCCCAGCAACUCCGAGGAGCAGGAGCAAAAACACCGCGGAGCUGUGUUCUCUUUCAUACUCCUUUAGAGUCUCCUGAUUUACAAGAGGGCCUGUGCAAAAAUGGCUUCAAUGGAAAUAGGCCAAGCUUGUGGGUACUGCAGAGUAUAGGAAACAGUGCCCAGUGGGAAAGGGCUCGUCCCCAGAUUUCCUGGUGGGUGCAGGGUACCACAGUAGAUUCUGCAAUUGGAUCCAGACUUCCUAUUUGUAAAGAGUUUAGGGACUCUUAUCCCUGUUUUGAUGUGGCUGGCACUCUAGGGCCCACUUACCUCCCUAUGGGGUUCUCUUACAGUGAGGUCUCCGAACAAGACAGGCUAGAAAACCUUUUCUUUACCCAGGGUUUCCGGGUUAGCUUUGUUCUCUAUGAAAAUGUUGCAAAGGAUUUCGGCUUAGAUCUAGCUCCUCAAAGGGAACAAUGUGGUAGAGUUCUUUUUGUUGCAGAACAGCUGCGGUUUUCAGAUGCACAGAUGGAAAGCUUCUGGACGCAUUUUGAAAGAACAGAGGAGGACGCUGAUGAAGAAGGAUUCGAGGAACUUUAG